UGUUCAGUCCGCCAGAGUGCCUUUCUCAGGGUAACACGCAUUUGGAUUUUGACGUGUGACAGUAUAGAGCUGCAACCAAAUCUGGGUGCAGAUUGAUGGUGUAUCGAAAUAAAGACGGUCGGUAAUGAAACAGUGAUUAAAAUGGCUGAAAGUAAAAGUGCGUUAAUCGCGAAAUCAGUGCAAAAACAUGCCGGACGGGCGAAGGAAAAGCUCCUUCAAAACCUGGGCAAAGUAGACCGCACGCUCGACGACAUCUUCGAAGAGCACCUCCAGAACUUCAACAGGCAGCACCAGCAGGCCACGAGGCUGCAGAAAGAGUUCAACAACUACAUAAGAUGUAUACGAGCCGUCCAGACCGCAUCAAAGUCUCUAAUGGAGGCCAUCACUGAAGUGUACGAGAGCGGCUGGUCGGGCCACGACUUGCUAUACGUGCAAGCGCAGAGCAUGGAGAUGCUCUGGCAGGACUUCUCGCACAAGCUAGGUGACCAGGUGCUCAUCCCGCUCAACACCUACACCAACCAGUUCCCUGAAGUCAGGAAAAAAGUAGAGAAGCGUGGCCGCAAGCUGGUAGAUUACGACAGCCAGCGACAUAGCUUCCAGAAUCUUCAAGCCAACGCUGCCAAGAGAAGGGACGAUGUCAAGAUCACAAAAGGCCGCGAACAACUAGAGGAAGCGAAGCGCACAUACGAGGUCCUUAACUCGGAGCUCCACGACGAAUUGCCCGCCCUAUACGAUUCACGAGUCCUCUUCUACGUCAACAACCUGCAGACACUGUUUAGCGCCGAGCAACUCUUCCACAACGAGAGCUCUAAGGUGUUCGCCGAGCUAGAAGCGAUAACCGACAAGCUCGCGAACGAGUGCCAGCGCGGCUCCUACACGAAGAAGUCCAUCGCCAACAACAUCUCACCCAUCUCCUCGCCCAAGACCAACACGCUCAACUCAAUCAACGGCAACGCUGCUUCGCCCACCGACACCGUACAAACGCCCCCCUCCCCCGCGCUCAACGGUGACUCCCCGCCGCCCACGCCCGCGCGCCACGUGAGCGAGGAGCGCGGCAAGUCUCCCGUUUCACCCGCCGAGCCUGCACCUCCCGCCGUCGCCGAGACCACGCCCACAAAUGGCUCUCCCACCAAUAACAACGAGGACAAGAAGCUGGAGGAACUGUACGAUAUACCCGUUGGGUCUCCGGUACCGCCUGAGAAGUUGAAUAAUAACGGCGAGGAAAAGAAACAAGUAGACGUAGAACAGAGUGUGAAAGAAAAGGACAAAGAGAAUGACAGUCCGAAGACGGACGAAGUGUACGACAUACCUGUUGGGGCGACACUGGCUGGUCUGCCGGCGGGCGUGCUGUACCGCGUGCGCGCCACUUACCGCUACACGCGCGAGGACAGCGACGAGCUCAGCUUCGACGUCGGCGACACCAUCCGCGUCGUAGAGUACGACGACCCCGAGGAGCAGGAGGAAGGCUGGCUAAUGGGCAUCAAGGAGGGAACGAACGAGAAAGGCAUGUUCCCGGCUAACUUCACGCGGCCCAUAUGAGGCGCUCAAGUAUCGCCUGCACCCUCGAGUUAGGUUCGACUUGCUUAUAGAUUACCAUUUGACCGCCAUUCAGACUUGCGCCAAAAAGCCAGUAGACUAAAUCGUGGACGUUUUAGCUCAAGUCACUUAGUACCCUUACCUAACUUACAAUACGAAUACAUAGUCAUAUCAUGAUAUCAUUAGUUCAACUAUAUUGACCAAUUAUAUUGUCCAUUCAGUUAAAUGACUGGGUUAACUGCUGGUCUGUCAGUAAUGUCACAGUCAGUCAAAAUCAAAUUCGUCACGUGGCGGUCAAACGUUUUAAGUUAAGUGUAUUGCGCAUUCUAAUUAUUAUUUCUUUUUAGGGAUAUGUUUUCACACCUUGUUUACUCAAAAGUAAUUUGCCUCGACGGAGAUACGAGUUGAGAAUUCAGUCCUUUUUAUAAUUGUUUCCACGGCUGAGAGUACUCACACCAUUUAAAAUUACAAAGUCAAUCUACAUUAUCAUCAAUCAUAUAUCAUUGAUUGAGCUUAUAGGGAAACCAUAUAUCCUUUUAAGUAGGUAACUUUCUUUAAAAACAUUUGAAUGCCCAUUACACUUACACUUUGUAAUAUCGGUUUAGUUAAAGUUGUUAAAUGUUUAUAGAUAUCUAUUAUUUAUUAUGUUACAACGAAUAUUAAAUUUGAUUUUUUUUAUCCCUUCUAUAACAGCUUCUAUAGGAUUUUUUUGUAUAUAAAUUUGAUGUAGAUCAUGGUUUUAGUCACUAUCAGUAUGGUGUAGGGUUAAAACAUUAUAAUUGUAUUACUAUGGACAUUAUUAAUUUAUUUUAUAGACCCUGUUUGACAAUAAUUGAUGCUCGAAAUGAUGAAUUUGCUCAUUUGUAAAGUAAUGGAUUCAAAAGAAGUGACCUUAAGUGUAAUAUAUUCGACAUUUUUCCUUUUGAACGAACAAAUAAAUCUUAUGCUUUUAUUUACAGUACUACCUACCGUAUAUUAUAUUUUAUUGUUAAGGUUACAUAGCACAUUAAUCAAAAUUCCACAACAUGCCCAUUGUUUUUUUAUUUAAUUAUUUUUUACAUAUUUUACAUUUCCAUUACACAUUGCAUUUCAUGAUUUAUGGUCUAAAAUGGCUUGAUUGCAUUUCAAAUAAAAAUGUUCGUUAUGAAGUCCAUAGUGUUAGUGGUCACACCGAAGAGUCCCGAGUCGAGUGAAUGUAUGUAACUUCAUGUAAUCAUAUAAAUUCAGUAUAAGUGUUAAUGUAUAUAAACUUACUUUAGUUUUUUUGUUGACCCGUUUAUUUUAUUGUUAAUAAUUAUAACAUAGUUAGUAAUUUAUUCGAAUAUGUCAUUUUAUAUAUAGACAGAAACUCCGUAAUGUUUUCAAAGUAGGUUUUACUUUUUGUUAAAAUUAACAUUUACUAGUGAACUGAGUACUAACUUGUUAUGUUAAGGGAGCUUUUCAUUAACAGUGUUGAACGUUUUCCGAUCAAAAGACUAUCUAUUGACUAUUUGAGCCUCGAAUGCCGUUACAUCCAUUACCACUACUCCACCGAUAAAUGGGUCAAAAUUCUUAUCGUUGUCUUGUUUCCGACCACUCUGUCACGCUUCAAUUUUUUGUCUUUUAUCAAAUAAAAAAAAAAAAGUUGAGUGCUAGUGCAUGUCUUUCUAGCUGUAGAUUAUAUAAUUCUCUUGAGAUUAAAAACUAAAUUUCAUCUCAUACAAAAAGCUCCACUCCGUCACAUUUUUUUGGGAACAAAA